AGAGCUUAUUAAUCGUAAUAAGCAACCUUGCAGCAUAUCUUCUGACAGACACUAUAGCCCUCAAGCAGUGUUAUUGUGUAAAUAGACAUUCAGUGUGCCAUGGUUGCCAAAAACUGACAAACUCGUCAAUUAUAUCAAGCUCAGUGAGCCCUUAAAGUCUAACUCAAUAUGAGAUUUGGCAUUUCAGCUGUGGUGAAUCGUCACAUUUUCCUGAAAAAGGAUGGUCGAAUGAUGUUGGGUUUCCGGCAAAGCCUCGGUAAAACUACCCAUCGUCAUCUGUACUAGAGAGUUGAGAGGGUACAACACGAAAACAAUUCUACAUGCGCCAAUGGAUGAAAGAGCUCACAACCUGAAUGGAUAUAUGAAAACAACAUGCACUGAGAAUCGGUGAACGGUGCCCUAGCUACAAUCUUCAUUUUAUUCAAAGCUGGCUCUUAGACGCCAUGCUUUCCGCCUUUACAGCUCGACCCAUUGUUGAGCUUCGCCAACGAGACAAAUCGAAGAUCGAGUCCGUACUUGCAUUUGGCGAUCGGUUACUAGUAGGUCUGAAUACUGGCAGUUUACGCAUAUAUCAAGUCAACGAAACUCCGGUCAAUGUCGGUUUACUUCGAGAAGUCGAAAAGUUCUCUACUCGAGCAAUAGAGCAACUCGCACGAAUAAAAGAAGCCAACGUUUUGAUAUCUCUCUCCAAUUAUUAUGUGUCGAUUCACGAUUUACAGACAUACACUUUGCAGGAACAGUUGGCGAGGACUAAAAAUGCUUCCACUUUCGCCGUUACAUCAAAUAUUGUCAAAGAUCCAGCUACGGGGAUACCAGAAAUUAUUUCAAGACUUGCGGUAGCUGUCAAACGAAGGUUGUUAGUAUGGUCAUGGUAUCAAUCCGAGAUAUCAUCCGAGACGACGGAGAUAACGCUCGCAGAAUCCAUUCGAACGUUGACCUGGGCAUCCGCUACCAAGAUCAUCUGCGGCAUGAACUCUGGAUAUGUCAUUGUAGAUGUCAACACGCAAGAAGUCGAAGAUAUUGUUGGACCAGGAGCUAUUGGAGGUACGACCAGCAACCAAGGCGGUAGAUUUGGUGGUAUGGGCUCUGCAAGCAUGGGUUACAUGGGCCUCGGAGGCUAUAUACCUAAGCCAUUGGCAACGAAACUCGCAGACGGAGAGAUCCUGCUUGCAAAAGACAUCAACUCUCUUUUUAUUACGUCGGAAGGAAAACCCACGGAAAAAAGACAAAUUCCCUGGCAGCCAGCGCCAGACGCUAUUGGAUAUUCAUAUCCGUAUAUUAUUACUCUUCAAGCACCGUCUAAAGGAAUACUUGAGGUUAGGAAUCCAGAUACCCUAUCACUUUUGCAAUCAAUACCGCUUCCGAAUGCAAAUCAGCUCCAUUUUCCCCCUCCGAAUAUCAGCUUGGCACACGCUGGAAAGGGAUUCCAUGUGGCUAGUGAGCGAUGUAUAUGGCGAAUGGGUGCUACGGAUUAUGAUUCUCAGAUUGACGAGCUUGUAGCAAAAGGACGCUAUGAUGAAUCAUUAAGUAUCCUUAAUAUGCUUGAAGAUGCACUACUGCAUAAUAAACUCGAACGGGUAAAGCAGGUUGAAGCUCUCAAGUCGAAACUUUACUUUGAUCAACAAAUCGAGCAAGCUCAGGCUCUUUUCAAUCAACGCAGAUACCGCGCAGCGAUUGAUAUAUUUAUUGCUAUUGAGGCACCUCCGGAACGUGUGAUCAAGUUAUACCCGAAAGCUAUAGCCGGCGAUCUCUCAAUUGUCGAGGAGAACAACGGGGAUAUAGAAACAGACAACGAUGAAUCUAAUGGUAGCGCAAACAGCGAUUCGGAUUCCAAAGAUUCAUUGAAACCAGCUGCAGUGAAGAAGUUGAUCAGAAAUCAUCAGAAAUCUAGCUCAGAUACAUCAUCAGUCAGGUCCUUCAUGAAGCAUGAUAAUUCAGACAAUGACAAUGCAAGUAUCAAGGCAGUCCCUGUUGAAGAUGGCCCGCUUGAAGGGAAAGACCUUAUUACAGCGGCCAAGGAGCUGAAUGCAUUUCUUGUGGAUGCGCGAACUAGAUUGAAGAAGUUUCUUGAUUCUGAGACUGGCAAAAUCAUUCCUCCUAAAGAAAAUGGUCACGGAGGAACACCUGAACCGACGUUUGAUUCCCUCUUGGCUGCUCCUGAGUCCGAAACCGAAGCUGAUCAUGACCGGGAGCAAAAGUUAUUGGAAACAGCAAAAUUGGUAGACACCACUCUUUUCCGCUCCUAUAUGCUAUCGAUGCCCAGUUUGGCGGGACCACUAUUUCGAUUGCCGAAUUUCUGUGACCCGGAUGUGGUCAAUGAGAAGCUCUUAGAGACAGGAAGAUACAAUGAUCUCGUUGAUUUCUUCCAUGGCAAAAAACUGCAUCGUCCUGCUCUCGAGCUUCUCAAGAAGUUUGGCAUGGGAGAUGAAGAGAAUGAAGAAGCACCAACACUAUAUGGACCUCAAAGAACUAUUGGAUAUCUACAACACUUACCUCCCGAGAUGAUUGAUUUGAUUCUUGAAUUUGCUGAAUGGCCUCUGCGAGCUGAUCCCGAUCUUGGGAUGGAGAUAUUCUUGGCAGAUACAGAGAACGCGGAAACGUUGCCGAGGGAGAGGGUUCUUAAUUUCUUGCACGACAUUGAUAUCAAUCUAGAAAUCAGGUAUUUGGAGCAUGUGAUCAAUGAACUCAAUGACAUGACGCCCGAUUUUCAUAAUCGACUCGUCGGUGCAUACAUGCAAGAAUUAAAACAACGUCAGGACAGAGAUUCCAAGAAGUGGCAAAUUUUAAUGGGACGAAUGGUAUCGUUCUUGCGGUCGAGUAACAUAUAUUCAUGUGGAAGAGCCUUUGGGUUGAUAGACAGAGAAGAUUCUCAUUUCUACGAAGCUCAGGCUGUGGUGUUAAGUAACAUGGGUUCACAUAAACAGGCUCUCGAGAUAUACGUAUUCAAGAUCAAGGACUUUGAGAAGGCAGAGGAAUAUUGUAAUCGGGUCCAUAUGAACCAAGAAGCUUCAACUUCAUCGCCAAUUCCUACACAUCGGGCUACCACAUCCGAGUCGGAUGACCCACAGCCUUCUAUAUACCACACCCUUCUUUCUUUAUAUUUGAAGCCACUACCACCGUAUAAACCGAACUGGUCACCUGCUUUGGAACUUCUAUCCAGGCACGGAUCCCGUCUGCCCGCAUCCUCAACUCUUGAUUUGAUACCUGAGAAGCUUCCCGUGGCAGAACUCGAAUCGUAUUUCCGUGGUCGUAUACGAGCGGCGAAUUCGAUUGUUAGUGAAUCCCGAAUAGUGGCAGGGUUGAGAAAGAGUGAAGUUGUGCGUGCACAAGCAACAUUAUUAUUAGGGGAUGGUUUACCAAAUGGUCAGGGAGGACGGAAUAGGAGAGUCGUCGUAAGUGAUGAGAGAGUAUGCGGUGUUUGCCAUAAGAGAUUGGGAGGAAGUGUUAUUGCGGUCUUGCCGGAUAGUUCUGUUGUACAUUAUGGGUGUUUGAGUCGAGCGAAUGUGCAACGCCCAUCUUCGUCGCGGGGUUCGUGGGGAGGUCGAUGAUAUUUAGAUUGUGUGAAUGAUAAUAGCUACAUAGCGACGGAGUUUUGGGGACAAUCGGUUGCGCAGCAUCAAAUAUCGAAUAUUAUAAUCAUGAAGAAACACUUCAAUCUUCCUCUUCCACAACCUCCUCCCCAUAAUUGUCUUCUUCCUUGGCUUCAUCAAUUACCCCACAAUGAAUCUUUGAUCCAUCUGCACUUUCAACUUCUCGUAGUUUAUCUUCCUCCAUUCGUGCAGUCAAUUCCUUAUUGAUCCUUUCUUGCAUCUCCCCUGUAGCUUUCCGUAAUGCCCCUAAAUAUGCGGUUCUCUCACUGACUUUGUCUGAUGCAGACGGCGUAGGUAAUUUAUGGACGUGCUCAAACUUUUCGUUGUUUGGGGAAGAAUACGUUGCCAACAGGAGUUGGUACGGAGUGUCAGGUUCAGCCGCAGAGGCAGAGGUGGUGGUGGUUGUAUCUGACAUCGCCAUGGUUCUUUUUUUAUCUUGAUCCUUUUAUUUUUGGAGAGGUAUUCGCAGAAUUGUAAAGUGUUGUGGAGAUCUUUCGUGAAUCUUUCAAUCGUUGUUUCGUUUCUGUAAUUUUCGGAUUUUAUCUGGCGCCGGAGACCAGGUUUAGAAUCCCCCGCGAAACCUCCA